AUGACUCGUUUUGAUGAGCCAGUCCCGGGUGUCACUUCCAAUGAUACAAAGGAUAUCUCCAAAGUCAACAUCGAGGAUGCCGAUGACACCCUUCAGGCACUGGAGAACUACCAGUCUCAACUGGGCACGCCUUUGUCUCCCGAAGAUGACCGUCGCAUUCUUCGCAGAAUUGACAUCUGCUUAAUUCCCGUGCUUUUCCUCUCGUACCUGUUGCAGUAUCUCGACAAACAGGCUAUGGGAUAUAGCGCCAUUCUGGGCCUCCGAACAGACAUGCACCUCGUAGGCCAAGACUAUUCUUGGGCUUCUAGUCUGUUUUAUUUCGGAUAUAUGGUCGCCUCAGGGAUUGUGGCUUUAUUGAUCAUUCGUUUGCCUGUUGGCCGCUUCAUGUCGGCAGCUAUGGGAGUCUGGGCGGCUAUUCUUAUGUUGACUGUCCUGUGCAAAAAUGCCAAUGGGUUGUGGGCCGCGCGCUUCUUCCUGGGGUUCGUUGAGUCAACUAUCGCUCCUUCUAUGAGUGUUAUUAUAUCUAUGUGGUAUAAGAGAUCCGAGCAGCCCAUUCGGCAGUCCGCAUGGUUUAUGGGAAAUGUUAUUGGAGGUCUAGUUGGUGGUCUGCUGGGAUAUGGUGUCGGGCACAUAGAUGGCAUUGCACCAUGGAAGGCACUCUUUAUACUUUUUGGAGGCAUUACCUUGCUUUGGUCGGUGAUUUGCUGGUUCGCAAUUCCCGACAGCCCUAUGGGCGCAUGGUUUCUUCCAAUUGAAGACCAAGUCAAGGCCGUGGAGCGUGUCAAGGAUAACCUAACUGGAAUCAAAAGUCAUAAUAUCAAGCGUUAUCAAGUUAUCGAAGCUCUGCUUGAUCCAAAGACUUGGCUUCUUGCGUUGUUUCAAUUUACGCAAAAUGUGCCCAACGGCGGUGUUGGUUCGUUCGCAUCGAUUGUUGUCGAAGGAUUCGGUUUCACCACACUUGAUACUCUUCUUGUCCAAAUGAUUGGCACCGGAUUCCAAAUCGUUUUCGUCAUAAUUUCGGCCAUCGGCAGCACCUAUCUGAAAAACACCCGUACAUAUUGGAUGACAUUCAACACUAUAAUGGCCCUGAUUGGCACAGUCAUGAUUCGACAGAUCAAUCCCGACUAUAUUUGGUCUCGCUUCAUGGGGUACUGUCUUAUCAUUGCUUUCUCGGCCAAUUUUCCUCUUACGUUGGCAAUGAUCACAAGUAACACAGCUGGAUUUACCAAAAAGUCCACUGUCACAGCAAUCGUUUUCAUCGCAUACUGCGCCGGCAACAUUGUCGGGCCCCAGAUCAUGUUCGCUCGAGAAGCACCCAGUUAUUCCUCUGGAUUUGCGGGAAUGGUCGUUUGCUUCGCUUGCUCUGCAAUUCUUAGUAUGUUGCUACGAUUCUACUGCAUCUGGGAGAAUAAGAAGCGAGACAACAUUCAUAUUCCCUCGGACGAUUUCGAGGAAGACAUUGACCCUGCAGUCUUGGCUUCCCUAAACCUGACGGAUAAGACGGACAGGGAAAUGCAUCAAUUCAGAUAUGUAUACUAG